CCAACGGUGCCGCUGUCUGACGAUGGUAGGCUGGAAAGACGGAUGGUCAGGGCCGUCCUCGUCUAACCUGAACAUGCAAGUUUAACUCGAUUCAUGCCCGGUUAUAGUGCUAAACCAGGUUACACGUGUAUUCAGCCUUAGCUAGUCGCAUUACGGUGAUUUUAAUGAUGGAGGACGACUGUGUGUGUGAGUACGACUCGACCUGGGACACAGAGAGUGAUGGAGACGACCCGGCCGGAGAGAGCCAAACCCGUCGGUCAUGUCAAGACAAAAACAAAUCUGGCUGGACAUUAAAUUGGCAUCAUACGCCCAGAAACAUGAGGGCAGCAAAGGACAUGCAGAACUACAGAAGAGGAUAUCCAAAUCUUACAGAUGAUGAGUGCUCAGAAGACAAAAUGAACAACUUGCAGUUUUAUCUCAAUAAAUUUCCCUCUGCUCCUGAUGAUGUCUACAUUGAAUCUUUUCUCAAGGAAUGGAAAAAUGAUUACAAAAGACUGGAGAGAGUGCACUCGUACAUUCAGUGGCUGUUUCCACUGCGAGAGCCGGGGGUUAAUUACAUGGCUUCAGAACUCACCAAGAAGGAAAUUGAGGCCUUCAAGAAGAAUGAGGAUGCCAAAAAGAGACUAGUUGAGUCCUAUGAACUCAUGUUGGGCUUCUAUGGCAUGCGUUUGGUCAACAAAGAGACGGGUGAAGUGAAACGAGCUGAUAAUUGGAAGGAGCGAUUUGGAAACCUGGAGCGGAAUAUGCACAACAACCUGCGCAUCACUCGCAUCCUGAAGAGCCUCGGAGAGCUGGGCUUUGAGCACUACCAAGCCCCACUUGUGCGCUUCUUUCUGGAAGAAACUCUAGUCAAGAAGACCCUCAGCAGUGUCAAACGCAGCGUGCUUGACUAUUUUUUGUUUGCUGUCCUGGACAAGCAGAAGCGUCAGGAGCUCAUUCGCUUUGCAUAUCAUCACUUUGAGCCAAAGGACAAGUUUGUGUGGUGUCCCAGAAAGAUUCAGAAACAAUUCAGGAAGGCAGAGAAAAGAUCUGAUGCUGUCGGGAACGGAGAUGGAAAAGAUGAAGCGUAUUCACGGAGUAAAAGCAAAGAUGGGGAAGCAGUUGUGCAACAGAAAGAAGGAGGACUGGAUAAUGUUACAAAGGCACAGAAAGGAACUGAUAAAACCGCAAGUAAAGACAAAAAUAAACAGUCUGAGGCGUCACCUGAGCCAAAACCAGAAGUGGAGACCGUCGGGAAUGGAAACGCAGAGGCUGAGCCUAAUAAUGAAAUUUUGGGGAAUGGAAAUGACUCUACAGGUGAUGUUGAUGAAAUGGAUCAGUGGCCCAGUCCUGAGUCUGUGACGGCAAAAACUGAGCCUUGUGUGGACAAAGAGGACACAUUGACCAAUGACUCAAAGGAUACCGCCAAGGAACCAGACAACAUUAUGCAAACAGAUGGGGACAUAGACACUGAAAAACCACCGAAGAAGAAGAGAGAAGAUAACAAGGUGCUGCCAAGCAAUGGCUCUGCUGGGGACGCCGCCAGUGGGCAGAUGGAGGAGAAAGCUGGUACUAAUAAAACCACCGGUCAAACGAGCCCAUCAGCGCAAACCCCCCCUAAGACUUCAAAACAUUCACCUUCUCUUUCCUCUGGAAGGGAGGAGAAAAUCCCAAGGACUGAUUUUAAUCAAGUGCCAGAUAAAAAGGAAGAGGAAGAAACGUCGCAGACAAAUGUGCUGGCAACAAAUGUGCCAGCAACAAAUGGGUCAGCGACGAGCACUGAGAAAGGUGUGGAUGAACAGACAAACGCGAAGGAGUUGGAGGAUAUUGAUAUGGAAUCAAACCCUGCGAGCUCAGACCAAAAUGUGGGGAGUACAUGAAUAAACUGGAUGAUAGGAGAAAAUAGAUUAAUUUGAGGUUAAAUGAAAUGUAAUAUAGGGACAGAGUACUUAAAAAGACUUCCUGGGCCUUAUUUCUACUAUAUUUGAUGUUUAGAUAUGAAUUCUUUUCACUUUGAAGGAGUAUAUGAAUUAAUUAACUCGCUAAAUGUGAGACUGGAUGUGACAGUUUCCACACGACCAUCAGACAAUAUUAAAGGAGAGGGCUAGUGAUAUUCUGUAUUUUUGUUUUUGUCAACAAAUCCCACGAAAAAGACAAACAUCUAUUAGAGACUCAACACGCCACAACAGUAAACAUGCUAGCAAUAUUAGCUUACUUGCAGUAGUGCUCCCAUGGGGGAGCCAGUGGGGUCCAUGGCCACCCUGAUACAAUUGUUGGCCUCCUAGCAAAAAUAACUGUCGGCCAACAUUACUGCCUUGAAGAGGCUGUGGCAUGCUCAUUUUUUAAGCUAGCAUAAAGGCAGGGUUAUUCUGUGAAACAAGACAGCCUAAAGCGGGAUUUAUACUUUUGCGUCAGAGCCUACGCACGUGGCCUGUGUUGUUGUGAGCAUUUAUACUUGUUCGGUGGUGUCUGUGUCACUCUGCAGUUACACCUCCAAACAGCUAGUCGGCUGUAGGGUUUCUGUGAAGCGCUGUAAAGCUUAGUUGUUCAAAACACACAUUAAACAUGGCUUAAUAGAGACAAUUUCAAAUGCAAGUACACAAAGUUGGCUUCACAAUAACUUGUAGCAUUCACAGACAAAGCUCUUGUCUUUAUCUGGACACAUUUUCCCCACAAAUACAACAAGCUAACAUUAUUAGCAUGA